AUGAUCGAAGAGUCAGCUCAUUGCUAUUCGCUGAACUGUUCUGCUCCCUUAUGUUCUUACAGAUGGUUUGUCACUCAGCCACUAGUUUUAGAACAUAAGCCAAGACAGGAUGUUCGUUUACGUUUAGAGGAAGACGCCGUUUUCUCGGUUGAAGAUGAAUAUAGUUCUUCUGCUCAGACAGAUGAAAAGUGUCCUAAGUGCGGUCAUACGCGAGCGUAUUUUGUCCAAAUGCAGACACGUUCAGCUGACGAACCCAGCACAACCAAGUAUUCUUGUAUGAAAUGUCACCAUAUCUGGACUGAACAAUAA